UGUCACGGUUGCAGGUAUAUACGUCAAUCUCUGGAGGUGUACACAAGAGUCCUAAGGCUUUAAUUUUGCAUCUUGGAUUCGUAUACAACGAUUUUUCGUCCACCUACUAGUAGCGUUGCUCAACGUGAGUAGAAAAAACAAUGGGUGAUCAUGAUUUUGCCAUACCUUUGGACAAGGAAGAACUUGCCCAUAAGCACUUUGGUGAUUAUGGACACCGAGAGGUCGUAUCCCUGCAGAUGGUUGCCCGAGAGAUCAAUGAAAUCAAUCAACAGAAGCUAUCGGAAGCAUCACCGGUUGACAUUAUACACGAAAAACAGGAUGUGUUUCUUUCCAUUAUCAUCCAUGGAAAUAAAGUUGAGUUGGUAGUGUUACUCAAAGCUUUUGCUAAAGUCUUGAAAAUUGUGCAGAAUCUGAUAGCUCAUUUGGAAAAGAAAGUAGACCAAACCAAGGACUUGGAGUUUGAGCAAACUGAAAAGGCUAAAGUGUUAUCUGCAAAUAAACUGUCGGCGUACAUCAUGUCUUCUAUUCUGUGCAUCAUCGAAGAUUUGAUGGCUGAUGCCAACAGUAAUAGUAACAUAGGGAAUAUUGGCAAAGGACGCAAGAAAACUGUACAAAAAUCACAUUUGGAAGAAGAAUGGGAUGAAGUUAGAGAAAAAGCUUUGGAAACGGUGCACAGGUGGUUACAGUUGCCUUUAAAAAGUCUAUGGUCACCUCCAAUCGUAGAAGAUAUGUUUGUUGGAAUAAUCAGUCAAAUCUGCUACAAAAUUUUGGAAAAAACAAAAGAUUUUAAAUCCAAAACCAUGAAGAGUUUAAUUUUUCAAAUUCUUGGUACAUUGGUAAAAAGGUACAACCAUGGUAUAGCUUGUGUUGUUAGAAUUAUUCAAUUGGCUAAAUUUCAUGAAGCUCUUGGAGCCCCAAUUGGUGCUGGUGUCGUUCUUAUGAUCACAGAGUGUGGUUGCACUGGACUGAUGAGAGAAAUUGCACGAGAAAUCGGUGAAAGUGAGCCUGGCGAAGCUGAUGCUCGGAAUUUCUGUAACUUUCUUGAAUCCAUUGCUAAUACCCAAGCAGAUGUUAUAGUACCUAUCAUAGACAAUAUAAUAGAUUAUCUGGCCAAUGAUUGUUACGUUAUGAGAAAUUGUGCGAUCGGUGUUAUGGGGCUUAUGGUAGCCAAUGUUCUAACUGGCGAAAAUUUGUCACCUGAAAAACGUGACUUAAGAGACGAAUGUCUCGACAAUUUAGAAGAGCACAUAUUGGAUUGUAAUGCGUAUGUGAGAUCCAAGGUCCUUCAAACGUGGCAAAAACUGUGUUGCGAAGGAGCUAUUCCUUUGUCCCGACAGAACCGCUUGUUAAAAGCAUCAGUCCUGAGAUUGGAAGAUAAAAGUGCUAAUGUUCGCAAACAAGCACUAACAUUACUUCGGGCAGUUUUGCAAAGUAAUCCUUUUGCAUCAAAGAUGAAUCAUGAGAAGUUCGCCAACAAUCUUGAAAAUGCCAAAGCAGAAUUAAAACAACUGCAGACUGAAAUUUACCAUUUUGCUGGAGCAGAAGAGGAAAAAGAAGAGCUGUGGAAAACUCAGCUUCCAUUGAUCGAAGCCGCAAUCAACAAAGUGACCGAACAAGAAAAUAAUCCGGAAGAUGAAGAAGAAGAAAUUGGAAAGGAGGAAGAAAUCGAUAUAAAAGAAACUUUCAACAAAAUACAAAAUUACAUAUUAAAAGACAAAUGUUCAAAAGCAGUGAAGUAUUUAAAGAAGUUGUUUUCUCAGUCAGGCUUUUCUAAAGAACUGAAAAAUGUCUCUGAGGAAACAAAAAAAGAGGCACUGCUUUUAUUCAUGUACAAAAUAUUCAUGAACUCGGGCUCCAAAGAAGAUGAAAACGAUUCAAAUAAAAGCAAAAAAUCUUUAGCCACAGAUCAAGAAGAGUUGAAAAAGUUGGAUCAAAUCAAAGUCUUAAAAAAGCUUAUAGAUUAUUUACAGAACUGCCUAACUUUUGCAGCAGAGUUCGAGAAAACGAUACCCACUGUAGAAAAGCUGCUCUACUCAAUGAACCCCGGCGAUGCUAUUGAAGCCUGCUCUUUCCUAGGGGCUGCCUAUCAAUUUCAGAUAUCAGGAGCUCUGUCAGGUGUACGCAAGGCGCUUUUCCAGAUCUUUUGUCGCGAUCAGUCUGUGCGAGACAACGUAGCCGGCGUGUACAAAGAAAUAUAUCUGGAUCACGGGGGGAACCAGAUGAACCAACGCCAAAAAGCCCUGCACUCGGUCAAGGCUCUCAUUCAGCUUCUGGAUGGUUUGCAGUCUGGACAGAGCGCAGCGCUUUCUAAACUUGUAACUUCAUGGAGAAAAAACAAUGAAUUGGACGCAGAAGCGUUAAAGGUAAUGUGGGAGAUGUUCUCGCUUAAAUUAGCAAACACAACGCCCGAGGAAAGUCGAUCAGCUUUGAUGCUUUUAACUAUGGCUGCUCAAGCUGAGGCUAACAUUAUUACCGACAAUCUCGAUGUUCUUAUCAAAGUUGGCUUGGGCCCUCGUGGGCAAGCUGAUCUUUUGUUAGCUCGAGAUACGUGCAGAGCUUUUCUGGCAAUUAAGCAGGAUUGUUCAAAGGAUAUAGACAAAUGCCCAAUCAAGUAUCCAAACGAUCAUGAAAUAUUUACCCAAGUUUGUAACUAUUUAAAAGAAAAUUUCCUGGAUGAAAAAGAAAAUGGGUACAUAUCUUUCGCAACAGAUGCCAUUAAUGUUGUUUACCAUUUAGCUGAUCAGCCAGCCGAAUUAAUGGAAGACGUGAUAAUCCACGUAGCCAAAGCCGGGCAAUUUAUACGUUCACCAGAUAGUCCCGAUGUCGCGAUCGCUGCGCUGCAAAUAGCUCGACUUUUAUUCCUGGUGGGACACGUUGGCAUACGUGAGAUGGUCCACCUUGACCAGUUUGUAUACAAGGAACUCAAGCGUCGGAACGCCGUGUGCGAAAAAAAGAAGGAAAUGCGAGCUCGCACCAGCAACGUAUACAGACGCAAGUCCAUGAACGCGUCAACGACGUCUGUGGCUUCGAUGGCGUCGAACGCGUCGUCGGUGAUGGGCAGCGCUCAUCGCUCGAUCAGGGGCAACAAGAAUGACGACGAGAACGAAGAGGGCAUGGAAGGGGCUACGGCUGACGAUGCCGACGCCGAGCACAUCAACAUGGUGCUAGAAGAGGAGCUUCUUGCCAAUAAUGGCUUCUUUUAUAAAUUUCUGCCAUUGAUUCUGGACGUUUGUCAGCAUCCGGACAAGUACAAUGAUGAAAUGGUACAGGCUCAUGGAGUACUGGCGCUUAGCAAACUAAUGACGAUAAGUUCAAAUUUCUGCGAGUCGCAUCUACAAUUGUUUGUUACGAUAUUGGAACGCUCGUCGCACCCGCAAAUCAGGGCAAACAUCUUGGUAGGGUUGGCGGACUUGAUGACUAGAUUUCCUAAUCAAAUUGAACCGUGGACGUCACACAUUUAUGGACGACUGAAGGAUGAAAGUCUCAUAGUACGUAGCACUUGUGUUAACAUGCUAUCAAACUUGAUAUUAGGCGAAAUGAUUCGUGUAAAAGGACAAGUUGCACAAUUGGCGCUCUGCAUGAUAGACGAAAAUGAGACUAUACGUUCAGAUGCCAAGCAAUUGUUCCGAGACUUGUCCCAGAAAGGAAACGCUCUGUACAACGUUAUGCCGGAUAUCUUGUCGUGCUUAUCUGAUUCCGAGUUGCAACUUGCUGAAAAAGAUUUUCAAGAAAUAAUCAAAUAUAUCUUGGGCUUACUGCAAAAAGAUCGUCAGGUCGAUAGUAUAAUUGAAAAACUGUGUAGUCGAUUCAAGUUAGCCACAACAGAGCGACAGUGGCGCGAUUUGUCAUAUUGCUUGUCACUACUGAAAUUCAGUGUCAAGGGCAUAAGAAUAUUAAUAAACGAUUUACCUCUGCUGAAAGAAAAAAUUCACAAUGAGGAUGUCCAAAAAGCUUUGAAUUCUAUAGUUGAGACCGCCAAACGUCGACCAGAGGCGAAAGUAGCUUGUACAGAGCUUGAAGAAAAAAUCAAAGAGCUGUUGGAAAACGAGGAUAAUGAUGAGGAAGGCACGCCCAAGCCUGUUUCUGACAGCGAAGCAAUGCCACCUCCACCUAGACCAGCGCUAAAGACUAUUAAAGGGAAAAAGAAAGUGCGACGCGUGUCAAGACGAAACGAUAGUGAUGAUGAGGAGGAUGAGGAUGAAGAC